AUGAUAACUCAUCUACCUGAUCAAUUAUUCCAACCAUUUUAUAAUAUUGCUCUACAAAUGACCAAACUUGAUGAACAAAUAGAUCGAUUCAUUAAUUUUCAUAUAGCUGACUUUUGUUUUAUUUUUACUAUGAAAGAAUGUGAAGCUUUAUGUACCAGUAAGCUAUCGAAAUAUCAAUUGAAACCUAUUGUUUAUUUGACUUAUUUAGAAAUUGGUAUAAUGAAAACAGGUCAAUUUAUGUAUCUUGGAAAUCUGCAACAUUUAAGAAAUCAUUUUGGUAAUGAUUAUGCUAUACAAGUCAAAAUAGCUAGAGAUGAUAUAGAAAAAGUCAAACAAGAUUUAAUAACUAAUUUAUCAGGAAUUGAAAUUUAA